AUGGAUUAUAAUAACGUGCUUAUCGUCGACGAGCGACGUCCCCGUGAAGAAUACAUAAGAAAACAGGUCAAAUACCAAACAGAAUUGGAAAUAGACGAUCCUCUGGUUGUCGUUGAUAUUGAUGAGGUAGUUGAGAGAUACAGGAAAUGGAACAAACUGCUCCCCAGGGUGGAACUAUUCUAUGCUUUGAAAUGUAACAAUGAUGAGAAGAUCGCCAAAGUCCUUGCAAAGCUUGGCAGCAGUUUUGAUUGUGCAAGCAAGGAAGAGAUACAGCAGAUCUUAGAAUUAGGGGUCGAUCCAUCUCGUAUCAUCUACGCCAAUCCAUGCAAACAAAACUCGCAUCUUUCCUACGCCAAAGAGCACAAUGUUGACCUGAUGACCUUUGAUAGUGAGGAGGAAUUGAUCAAGAUCAAGAUGUUGUAUGGGACUGCAAGAUUACUACUGAGAUUCCGAUCAAGUCAUGCAUACAAAGUUACAUAUGACCUCGGAAAGAAGUUCGGAUGUACUAUCGAAGAAGCAACGGAUCUAUUAAUAUCAGCAAAAGAAAAAGGCUUGAACGUCAUUGGUGUGAGUUUCCAUGUUGGGAGUGAGUGUCUUAGUGUCGACGCCUUUUCCACGUCUAUCAAAGAGGCACGGAUGAUAUUUGAUAUGGGACUACAGGUCGGCUGUGCUAUGGAGAUCCUUGAUAUAGGAGGUGGCUUCCGAGGACGAGAAGUUGACCGACCGACUAUAGAAGAGAAUGCAGACAUUAUAAACCAGAGUCUUGACGAAUAUUUCCCGGAAACAAACGGAGUGAAAAUUAUCGCUGAACCAGGACGUUUCUUGGUAGAAACUGCAGUCAGCGCUGGAGUUAUUAUCAUUGGACGAAAGUUUGUUUACAACCAUGAUAAAACCAAUACUGAACAUGUGAUGUACAACAUUAAUGAUGGAGUUUAUGGGUCUUUCAAUUGGGUUAAAGAAAUUACGGACGGAUUUUGCACAUCUCCUGUUUCUAAAAAGCUAAGAACAGAAAAGCAUGCAAGCACUAUUUGGGGACCAACCUGCUGCUGCAUGGAUUGUCUAGCAAUCAACAUCCAGUUGCCGCUGAUGGAAGUCGGGGAGUGGAUGAAUGUUAGUUUCGCAGGAGCCUACUCGUUCUGCCUCUCUACCAGUUUUAACAACAUGCCACCUCCAAGGACAUACUACUUCUGUUCCCAUGAUACGUGGUUCACACAGUUGGGAAUGACAAUGCAGAGUCGAUAA